AUGUCGUCCUAUUUGGAGACCAAGGCCAUGGACAAUAAUGGUGAGAAGAAGCAGCAGCAGCUAGUUUGUGUGACUGGAGCAGGAGGCUUCAUUGGGUCAUGGGUGGUGAAGGAGCUCCUCCUCCAUGGCUACCGUGUGAGGGGAACAGCCAGAGACCCCGCUGAUAGCAAGAACGCCCACUUGCUUGCCCUGGAGGGAGCCAAAGAGGGGUUAUCCCUGUGCGGCGCUGAUCUCAUCGACUGCGACGACCUCCGCGCCGCCUUCAGCGGAUGCCACGGCGUCUUCCAUGUGGCCUCCCCAACCAUCAAUGACGACCCGGAGCUCAUGCUGGCUGCCGUCGAGGGAACUAGGAACGUGAUGAACGCUGCGGCAGACAUGGGCGUGCGGCGCGUGGUGUUCACCUCAUCCUACGGCGCUGUGCACAUGGACCCCAACCGGAGCCCAGACACGGUGAUGGACGAGACGUGUUGGAGCGACUAUGACUUCUGCAAACAAACUGGGAACUUUUACUGCUGUGCGAAGAUGAUGGCAGAGAAGACGGCGACGGAGGAGGCGGCCAGGCGUGGGCUGGAGCUGGCGGUGGUGGUGCCGUCCAUGACGAUCGGUCCAGCGCUUCAGCAGGCAAUGAACAUGAGCAUCGCCCACAUCGCACGCUACAUGAUGGGCACCAAGAAGGUGAGCCCCAAUGCCGUUGCCGCCUACACCGACGUCCGCGACGUCGCCCGCGCGCACCUGCUCGUCUACGAGCGUCGCCACGAUGCACCGAGCAGCCGCUACCUCUGCAUCGGCGCCGUGCUCCACCGUUCCCGCUUGGUGCAACUUCUCGGGGACCUCUUCCCGAACUACCACGUCACGGCCAAGUGCGAAGACGACGGCAAGCCAAUGGCCAGGCCGUACAGGUUCUCCAACCAGAGGCUCAGGGACCUGGGACUGGAGUUCACUCCUAUUAGGGAGAGUCUGUACGAGACGGUGAUGUCCCUGAAGCAAAAGGGACACCUGUGUCUGCCUGUUCCGGUGCCAAAGCGCGCACGGCUAUGA